CGACAACCCUACGCCCACUCCUGCCUAUCGCCCAUCUCUAUUUGCCACGUUCGCUCAUGUUCAUUCACAUUUUACUUGGAGUCGCAGACACCCAAGUUAUCAAACUGGAUUUGGUCAAAGGAGAGUAAACUAGGCCGGAUUUUUUGGAUUUUACAGUACCUGUACUGUAAACGACUUGGAACGAAAAAGGACUCUUCUCUUUUUUUAAGUAAUGCAAGCAGCAGCAGUGAUGGAGGAAACUAACAACGCAACUACCAUCGAGCAGCAGCCCAUCGCCCUCAUCAAUGGCCAAGAGCAGGUGUCCAACGAGCAGCAACCAUCAUCGCCCACUUCGGUGGCCACGCCCACUAGCACCACUAGCGGCGGCACUGGCAAUGCCACGCCCGCCUUCAGCUACGACGACCUGUUCCCGGCUCUGCCGGCCAACACCUCGGCGCCGUCGCAAUCCGGAGCUUCCAGCUCGACGCUAGCCCGUGUGACGAGCUCCCAGAAAACGCAGGUUUUGCAUGUACCCUGCGAGGAGCGCAAGUCCACGGAGUCCGAGAAGUUCGGCGAGGGCGAAUCGAAGCGGAUUUGCCAGCAGAUCACCAAGGAGACGGGAGCCCAGAUCGAGAUUGUGAGCGGCAAGAACCAAUCGCUGACCUUCCUGAUCAAGGGCAAGCAGAGCGAGCUGCUCGACGCUCGUCGCAAGAUCCUGAUGGGCUUCUCGACGCAGGCCAGUCGCCAGGUGACCGUUCCCCGGGAGCACUACCGCGUCAUCCUCGGCAAGGGUGGCCAGCGGUUGCGCGAGCUCGAGCGCGUCACCUCCACGCGCAUCAACAUCCCCAGCCAGGGCGACGAGAGCGAGUUCAUCACCAUUGCCGGCACCAAGGAGGGUAUCGCUCAGGCCGAGCAGGAGAUCCGCCAGCUGUCCGCCGAGCAGUACAAGAAGUCGUCGGACCGCACCACGGUGCCCAAGAUCUAUCAUCCCUUCAUCGUGGGUCCCUACAGCGAGAACCUCAACAAGCUGCAGGAGGAGACUGGCGCCAAGAUCAACGUGCCGCCGCAGCAGGUGCAGAAGGAUGAGAUCAUCAUCUCGGGCGAGAAGGACGCCGUCGCGGCGGCCAAGGCCAAGGUGGAGGCCAUCUUCAAGGAGAUGGAGAAGAAGUGCUCCACCGUUAGUGUGGAGGUGGCCAAGCCGCAGCAUCGCUACGUCAUCGGCCCCAAGGGCUCCACCAUCGCCGAGAUCCUGCAGUUGACCGGUGUGUCCGUGGAGAUGCCGCCCAACGACUCCACCUGUGAGACGAUUACGCUGCGUGGCCCGCAGGUGGCUUUGGGAAAUGCCCUGACCGUUGUCUAUCAGAAGGCCAACUCGGUCAAGUCGGUGGAGAUCAAUGCCCCGCACUGGAUCCACAAGUACGUGAUCGGUCGCAAGGGUGCCAACAUGAAGCAGCUGGAGGAGGACUGCCCCAAUGUGAACGUGAACUGCCUGGAGGACAAGAUCAAGCUGGAGGGCGAUCCCGAGAACGUGGACAGGGCUGUCUCCUAUCUGACCGAGAUCAUCAGCAACUACGAGGAGAACUUCACGUUCGAGGUGAUGACUGUUAAUCCCUCGUACUACAAGCAUAUCAUCGGCAAGGCUGGCGCCAACGUGAACCGCCUGAAGGAUGAGCUGAAGGUUAACAUCAACAUCGAGGAGCGCGAGGGCCAGAACAACAUUCGCAUCGAGGGACCCAAGGAGGGUGUGCGGCAGGCGCAGCUUGAGUUACAAGAAAAAAUCGACAAACUGGAAAACGAAAAAUCGAAGGAUGUGAUCAUUGACCGCCGUCUGCAUCGUUCCAUCAUCGGAGCCAAGGGCGAGAAGAUUCGCGAGGUGAAGGAUCGCUACCGCCAGGUGACGAUCACGAUACCCACGCCCCAGGAGAACACCGACAUCGUGAAGCUGCGCGGCCCCAAGGAGGAUGUGGACAAGUGCCACAAGGAUCUGCUCAAGCUGGUCAAGGAGAUCCAGGAAUCGUCGCACAUCAUCGAGGUGCCCAUCUUCAAGCAGUUCCACAAGUUCGUCAUCGGCAAGGGUGGCGCCAACAUCAAGAAGAUCCGCGACGAGACGCAGACCAAGAUCGAUCUGCCCGCGGAGGGUGAUACCAACGAGGUGAUCGUCAUCACCGGCAAGAAGGAGAACGUGCUGGAGGCCAAGGAGCGCAUCCAGAAGAUCCAGAACGAGCUCUCCGACAUUGUCACCGAGGAGGUGCAGAUCCCGCCCAAGUACUACAACUCGAUCAUCGGCACCGGUGGCAAGCUUAUCUCGUCCAUUAUGGAGGAGUGCGGUGGCGUAUCCAUCAAGUUCCCCAAUAGCGACUCCAAGAGCGAUAAGGUAACUAUUCGCGGUCCCAAGGACGAUGUGGAGAAGGCCAAGGGUCAACUGUUGGAGCUGGCCAACGAGCGGCAGCUGGCUUCUUUCACCGCCGAGGUGCGCGCCAAGCAGCAGCACCACAAGUUCCUGAUCGGUAAGAAUGGCGCCUCUAUCCGCAAGAUCCGCGAUGCCACUGGUGCGCGCAUCAUCUUCCCCUCGAACGAGGACACCGACAAGGAGGUGAUCACCAUCAUUGGCAAGGAGGACAGUGUGAAGAAGGCCCGCGAGCAGCUAGAGGCGAUCAUCAAGGAGUGCGACGAAGUUACCGAGGGUGAGGUGGAGGUCGAUCCCAAGCACCACAAGCACUUUGUGGCCAAGCGCGGCUUCAUCCUGCACCGCAUUUCCGAGGAAUGCGGCGGCGUGAUGAUCUCCUUCCCCCGCGCCGGCACCAAUUCCGAUAAGGUGACGAUCAAGGGCGCCAAGGACUGCAUCGAGGCGGCCCGUCAGCGCAUCGAGGAGAUCGUCGCCGAUCUGGAGGCGCAGACCACCAUCGAGGUGGUGAUUCCUCAGCGUCAGCACCGCACCAUUAUGGGCGCCCGCGGCUUCAAGGUUCAGCAGGUGACCUCCGAGUUCGAUGUGCAGAUCAAGUUCCCCGAUCGCGAUGCCACCGAGCCCGUUGAGGGUCUGACCAACGGAGGCGGUAGCGGCGAGAAUGGCGGCGACGAAGGCCAGGAGGGCGGCGAGCAGGAGGCGGAGACCGUGGAGCCGGUGCGUCAGUGCGAUGUUAUCCGCAUCACGGGCAGGAUUGAGAAGUGCGAGGCCGCCAAGCAGGCUCUGCUCGAUCUCAUCCCCAUCGAGGAGGAGCUGACGGUGCCUUUCGACCUUCACCGCACCAUCAUUGGGCCGCGCGGUGCCAAUGUGCGCCAGUUCAUGUCCAAGCACGAUGUGCACGUGGAGCUGCCGCCCAGUGAGCUGAAGUCGGAUGUGAUCAAGGUCUCCGGCACGCCGGCUCGCGUGGCUGAGGCCCGCGAGGCGCUGGAGAAGAUGAUCGAGGACUAUGAGGCUGAUCGGGCCGAUCGCGAGCUGCGCUCCUUUGUGCUCCAGGUGGACGUGGACACGGAGUACCACUCGAAGCUCAUUGGUCGUCAUGGCGCUGUGAUUAACAAGCUGCGUGCCGAUCACGACGUCAACAUUUCGCUGCCCAAGCGGGACGAUCCCAAUCAGCGCAUCAUCUCUAUUACCGGCUACCAGGCCAAGACGGAGGCGGCGCGCGAUGCCAUCCUGGAGAUUGUGGGCGACCUCCAGACCCUUCAUCGCGAGGUCAUCGAGAUCGAUACACGCAUCCACUCGCACAUCAUUGGCCACCGCGGACGCACCAUUCGCAAGGUCAUCGAGGACUACAAGGUGGACAUCAAGUUCCCAUCUUCCGACGAAGCUCAAAGCAACCCCAAUGCCGUGACCAUCAUUGGCAAGGAGGAGGACGUUGAGAACGCCAAGGAGGUGCUGCUCAGCAUGGCCGAGGACUACGAGCGUGACUACUUGGAGAACUUGCCGCCAUCGCCGCAGCCGCAGACGGUCGGUGCCUUCCUUUCUGGAUCGGGAUCUGGAUCCGGCGCUGGAGGUGCCAGCGAGAACGGCUUUGUCAUUAAGGACGCGCCGUGGGAGAAGCAGAAGCAGGCCAAGAACCUGACUGCGCCCAACACUCAGUCGCAGGAGGACUUCCCGCACUUCGCUGCUGGCGGGGCUCCGGUGGCCACCACGCCCAUCACUUCCGUGUGGGGCCCCAAAAACUAAGUGCAUCGGGCCGAGUGUCCCGAUCGCCAGCAGUAGCAGCAAUACAACUACACGUCGGGGUGCGCCGGGGAUCGGAUCUGGAGAUGGAGAUGGAUGUGGAUGUGGAGAUGGACCAGGAGCUGGAACUGGAUUAUAUCGGGCAGAGCAGCGGCAGUCGUGCGGACGUCUCUUUAGUCGAAAACUAGUGUCAAAAAUAACGGUAUAGGUUGUCUCCCAGGAGCUUUUCUACAACGCAAUUUGUGCAGGUUAAUUGAAAACAUGAAUGACAAAACAAGAAACUAUUUUUGUAUGAUUUGAUACAGGAUCAAUCAAAGAAACACAAAAACCCCCUACAUAUAU